AUGGCGAUGGAAGGAGGAGGGGGUACAAUAUCGGAAGUAUACCAGAGUGCGAAGAAGUUGCUAAUGAGAGCACAAGACGGGAUCGAGAGACUGGAGCGACUGGAGAACUCGACUUCUAGUGGAGGAUUAGAUUCACCUGAGCUAUCUUUCGCCGUGAAGAAGGAUAUCUCUCAGGUUCUUUCAGUUUGUGCCGAUAUGGAUCGUCUCUGGCGUUCUGUUCAAGCCAAACCUCAACGCGAUCUCUGGAGAAGAAAGGUGGAACUAGUAGCCGAAGAGGCGGGAUCAUUGAAAGAGAGUUUAGAUAGAUAUUUCGCAAGGAAUCAAAGACGGAUGAAGGAAGCUCAGGAGAGAGCAGAAUUGCUUGGAAGAGCUAAUGGCGACUCAGCUCAUGUUUUGAGAAUAUUUGACGAAGAAGCACAAGCUAUGCAUUCAGUUCAUAAUUCAAAAAGAAUGCUGGCAGAUUCUUUAUCAACUGGAGCAGCCAUUCUUUCCAAAUAUUCAGAACAAAGGGAACGCUUGAAGAGGGCACAACGCAAAGCUUUGGAUGUUCUUAACACAGUGGGGCUUUCCAAUGCUGUGCUGAGGCUGAUCGAGAGGCGUAACCGUCUCGAUAGAUGGAUCAAAUAUUUUGGAAUGCUUACUACACUCGUUAUCUUGUAUUUUCUCAUUAGGUCAAGUGGUUGA